CAUCAGCUGCGGGGCGGCAUUCCGGACCGCCUGGAAAGGCAGCAACAGAAAGCUAAAGACAGAAAUCAGAUCUCUCCAAGCUUUUCUUCUACACUUUCGCUUAUCUUUUCCUAAUUUUCUUCUUUUUUUCUUUUUCUUUCUUUCUUUUUUCUUCUUUCUUUUUUUUUUAUUUUAACUUUUAUAGCUAAUUUAUACUUUUUUCUGUUUGACAUCGGAAUCCCCUUUUCACCUCCACAAAAUGACCGGUGCCCCACUGACAGGAUUCCUGGUGGCUUUGUGCAUUAGCAGCACAGUCCACGGUGCCCCAAAGAAGAGCAGAAGACAAACUGGCCAGUAUCAGGUGUAUCCUGAACUUCAUGACACAGCGGCUGUUUCUCCAGUCGGCUGUGAGGAAAAUGGUCGUUCAUACAGAGUGAAUGAGCAGUGGGAAAAAACCUACCGUGGUAGUACAUUGGUUUGCACCUGCAAUGGAGCAGCAGGCAUGAAGUGUAAAACUAAGCCUGAAGUGGAGGAGAGCUGUUUUGAUACGUACAAUGGCCAGACAUACCGGGUAGGUGAAACCUAUGAGAGACCAAAGGACGGGAUGAUGUGGGACUGCACCUGCAUUGGGUCCGGUCGGGGCAAGAUCAGCUGUACUAUUGCAAAUCGUUGCCAUGAGGGUGGCAGGUCAUAUAAAAUUGGUGACACUUGGCAGAGACCUCAUGACACUGCUGACUACAUGCUAGAAUGUGUGUGCCUUGGAAAUGGCAAAGGAGAGUGGACCUGCAAACCUGUGGCUGAGCGCUGCUAUGACAACAGUGCUGCAGUAUCCUAUGUUGUUGGGGAGACCUGGGAGAAACCAUAUCAAGGCUGGAUGAUGCUGGACUGUGCCUGCCUAGGAGAAGGAAAUGGACGCAUCACAUGUACCUCAAGAAAUCGUUGCAAUGACCAGGAGACCAGGAGGUCCUACCGUAUUGGAGACACAUGGAAAAAGACUGAUUCAAAUGGGCAACCUGUGCAGUGUCUGUGCUUAGGAAAUGGCCGUGGAGAAUGGAAGUGUGAAAGACAUCAUGCAGGCAGAACCACAGGGGCUGUUGUGCUCACUCCAACCCAUACCCAGCUGCAGCGUGUGUCUACUACUGAGGGAACCUGCCGCACCGAUUCUGGUGCCUCCUUCCACGACGGACAGCGCUGGUUUAGGAACCAGGGCAGCAAGCAGAUGUUAUGCACCUGUCUGGGCACAGGAGUCAGCUGUGAAGACUGGGAGGCCAAGAACCAGGUGUAUGGUGGGAAUUCUGAUGGUCAGCCAUGUGCAUUCCCAUUCGUCUUCAUGGGGAAGACUUACUAUUCUUGCACUUCAGAUGGACGUGCAGAUGGCCAGCUCUGGUGCUCUACAACUUCAGACUAUGAAAGAGAUCAGCAAUACUCUUUCUGUACUGAAAAGAACGCCAUUGUGGCAACACGAGGUGGAAACUCCAAUGGUGCUCUCUGCCACUUUCCCUUCCUCUACAGUGGUCGCAAUUACACCGAUUGCACUGCUGAUGGGCGCCGGGAUGGCAUGAGGUGGUGUGGUACCACUCACAACUAUGAUGGAGAACAGCUCUUUGGAUUUUGCCCCAUGGCAGCCCAUGAAGAAGUAUGUACCACCAAUGAUGGAGUAAUGCACCGUGUAGGAGACAAAUGGGACAAACGCCAUGAUGUCAUGGGUCACAUGAUGGAGUGCACAUGCCUUGGCAAUGGGCGUGGAGAGUGGAGCUGCAUUGCUCAUUCACAGCUGCGAGAUCAGUGCAUUGUUGAUGGCUUGACCUAUGAAGUGAACCAAGAAUUCUCCAAGCGCCAUAAUGAGGGAUACAUGAUGAACUGUACCUGCUACGGACAGGGACGAGGACGCUGGAAGUGUGACGCUAUCGAUCAGUGUCAAGAGCCUCAAAACAAGGCUUUCUAUCAGAUCGGAGAAGAGUGGGACAAAGUCCUCCAUGGCAUCCACUACCGCUGUUAUUGCUAUGGCAAUGGAGUUGGAGAAAUGAGGUGUGAACCCCAGCAUACCUACCCAGAUGGCCACAGACCUGUCCAGGUGAUCAUCACCGAGGCAGGAAAGCAGCCAGACUCCCAUCCAAUUCAGUGGAACCCUCCUUCAUCUUCUCACAUUACACAAUACAUCCUCAAAUGGAGAAUUAAAAAUACUCGCAAUCCAUGGAGAGAGGUCAACAUCCCUGGGCACCUUAACUCCUACACCAUCAGUGGGCUGCGUCCAGGCAUCACCUACGAGGGUCAGCUGAUCAGCAUUCUAAGUUACGGAGGCCGUGAGGUUACACGCUUCGACUUCACAACCACAACCUUGGAAACAUCAUCAGAGGGAUUUACAGCUGUUCUUCCUCCAGUGGUGGACACUUCUGAAUCAGUGACAGAAAUCACCUCAAACAGCUUUGUUGUCUCCUGGACAUCAGCUUCUUCUACCAUCUCUGGCUUCAGGGUGGAGUAUGAACUCAGUGAGGAGGGAUCCAAGAGAAAUAUCCUGGAUGUUCCUCGCACCACCAACUCUGUCACAAUCAGUGAUCUUCUGCCUGGACGCACAUACAACAUCAGUGUCUAUGAGCUGGAAAAAGAGAAAGAACCAAUUAUCAUUCUGACGACCUCACAGACUACAUCUCCUGACACACCUGGUCUUCAGAAUGUGGAUGAGGUUGAGGAGACCUCCAUUCGAAUCAGCUGGACACGACCUGAGGCUCCAAUUACUGGUUAUCGUGUGGUGUAUACGCCAUCAGAGGAGGGUAGCAGCACUGAACUGACCCUGCCAAACUCAGAAACCUCCGUGACCCUGGUGGAUCUUCACCCUGGUGUGCUCUACAACAUUAGCCUCUACGCUGUGAAGGAUAACCUGGAGAGUAAGCCUGUAUUUGUGCAGGUCAACACUGCUGGAUCCCCAAGACAAGAGGAGGUCCCAGCUCCCACAGACCUGCAGUUCUAUGAGGCGUCAGAUGUAAAAAUCACGAUCACUUGGACUGGUCCACCCAGUGAGGUCACUGGUUACAGGGUAACCUUCUCUCCGAUUGGCCAUGAUGGUACUGAGCUCCGACACCUUCAGCUGCCUGUCUCACCCAACGCAUAUGCUGAGAUCAGCCACUUGCAGCCAGGCACACUCUACCGCUUCUAUGUCUAUGCCGUUAGCGGUGGAACGGAAAGCAAGCCGCUUGUGGGAGAGAAGGCUACCAAACCUGAUUCACCCACAGAGGUGCGUUUCACUGACAUCGGCCCCGAUAGCGCAGUGGUCAUCUGGGAGGCUCCACGUGCUGUUGUCAGUGGUUUCCGCCUUUUCCUGAGCAUUGAGGGCUCCAGCCCCAUUGAGAAAAGAAUCCCUGGAAGGGUCACCCAGUAUCCAUUAAAGAAUCUACGUCCAGACACAGAGUACACUGCCACUCUCCACUCUGAGCUGGACAAUGAGCUCAGCGAGGGUGUCACUGCAUAUUUCACCACUGCUCCCCAAAUGGGAAAUGCUCCUCCUUUCAGCACAGAGGUCACUGAUACCUCCAUCAUCAUCACCUGGAUUCCUGUUCGCAGGUUCAGCUACAAGCUGUCUGUGCUUCCUAGCCAGGAGGGCGAAUCUCCCAGAGAGGAGACCUCUGACUCUGGACGUAUUUACAUUACUGAUCUGAUUCCUGGAACAGAGUACACCUACCAUGUUCAGCCCAUUUUCAAUGGCCGUAAUCGUGGAAACCCCAUCACCCGCAAUGCUGUCACUUUAUUGUCUCCUCCCACUGACCUCAGAGUGGAGUCCAACCCCAACACAGGAGAUCUAACAGUCUUCUGGGUAGCCUCCAAAACACCAGGAAUCACAGGAUACAGAGUAAUAAGUAUGCCAACCAGCGGUGAGAGAGGAAAUUCCCUGGAAGAGUUUGUUCCUAAGGAUCAGAACUCGUGUAUGCUUGAGAACCUCAAUCUGGGUGUGGAGUACAACAUCAGUGUGUUCACUACCAAGGGCAAUGUGAAAAGUGUGCCAGUGUCCACUAUUGUCACGUCAGAAAUCCCUGCACCAAGUCACAUUGACUUUGUCGACAUUACUGACACCUCCAUUGGCCUGCGCUGGAUCCCUCUCAACUAUACCACCAUUACUGCUUACCGGAUAACAGUAGUUACAUCAGGCGAGAGCAUGCCAAUUUUUCAAGAUUUGGUGGAGGCAUCUACAGGUUAUUACACCAUUCACGGUUUGGAGCCUGGCGUGGACUAUGACAUCAGUGUCGUGACGGUUACAGAAGAGGGAGAGAGCAAGCCGACCACACACACAAAGCAAACACAUGCUGCCAUGCCAGCUCCCACUAACUUGCAGUUCGGAGGGAUGGGCCCUGACCAAAUUAGGGUGACAUGGACAAUCCCCAGUGUUGCCACACCAAGUGACAUCUCCCGAUUUGUCAUCCGUUACCACCCUGUGGCCACAGAUGAUGACCUAAAGGAGGUUAAUGUUGGUGGAGGGACCAACACCUUCUUGUUGCAGAACUUGCUACCCAACACUGAGUACCGUAUUAGUGUUGUGUGUGUCUAUGGUGAGCGAGAAAGUGAGCCAGCCACAGGAACUCAGAGGACAACUCUGGACUCCCCCACUGGUUUGGACUUCUCUGAAAUUCGUACCAACUCCUUCACCAUCCACUGGCUCCCUCCAACUGCUUCUAUCACCAGCUACAGAAUCCGCUACCUGAAGACAAGUGGUGGGAGAGCCAAGGAUGAGAGGCUUCCCCCAACAAGAAACCAUUUUACUUUGACUGGACUGUCGCCCGAGACCGAGUACAUGAUAUAUGUGUAUGCUGUCAGCAACAAUCAGGAAAGUCAGCCUCUGACGGGCACACAGGCCACCAUCUCUGAUGCACCCACUGACCUGAAGGUAACAUCAUCCACCCCAACCAGCAUCACUAUUAGCUGGGAUGCCCCCUCUGUUGUUGUAAAUAACUACAAGAUCACCUAUGGAGGCACAAGUGGUGAAGCUCCUCAGGAGUUUACAGUCCCAGGCACCCAGACUACUGCCACCAUCACCGGGCUGCAGCCUAGUACUGAUUACACCAUUACAGUCUAUGCUGUUACAGCACGAGGAGACACCCCCGCUUCCAACGCUCCUGUCUAUAUAACUUACAGAACUGAUAACCAGCCCCCAACUGACAUGGAAGUUACUGAUGUGAGAGACAAUGCCAUCACAGUGCGCUGGUCUCCAGCUCAGGGGCCAAUUAGAGGCUACAGGAUCACAAGUAUUCCUAAAAAUGGUUUGGGACCCUCCUACUAUGAGGAAGUGCCCCCUGAUCAGACAGAGAUAACGUUUACAGGUCUCAUGCCUACAGCUGAAUAUGUUGUGAGCGUUUAUGCCCUGGACGAUAAUGGACAACCCUCCUCUCCUGUGGUGGAGAACGCUGUCACUGCGAUGGACAAUCCAAAGGAGUUGACCUUCUCUGACAUUGACUCCACUACCAUGCGCAUCACUUGGGACAGUCCAGAUGGCACAGUGACAUCAUACCGUGUCUUGUACUCCAGCUCAGAGGAGGCUGAGAGGGAGUUGCGUCCAGCACCCAGAGGUGACCAGGACAGUGCAGUACUAAGAGGCCUUCGCCCUGGGACCGAGUACACCAUUAAAGUCAUUGCCCUACAUGGCCGAACACCCAGCACACCAUUAGUGGGAACCCAAGCCACAGUGAUCCCUGCACCAACCAACAUGGUCAUCUCAGAUGUUGGCUCGUCGGUCUUCACAGUGUCAUGGCGAGCUCCAAAUGCACGUUUAUCUGGCUACCGUGUGGUUGUCACCCCCAAGAACAUCAACGGCCCCCGCAAAGAAAUGAAUGUUGCUCCAGACACCACUCGUGUUGUGGUACCAGGACUCAUGGUUGGAACUCCAUAUCAGAUUCAAGUUUAUGCUCUGAAGAACACUGUCACCAGUCGACCACUAGAAGGAGAGACAGCGACACUAGAGGAAAUAAGUCCUCCUCGACGUGUGCGCAUCAUUGAUGUGAAGGAUACUUCUUUCACACUGACCUGGCGCUCCAAAGGGGAAACUGUUUCUGGUUUUCUUAUAGAAGUUACACCUGACAGUGGCUCUAAUCCCAUCAUCCGCAAGACUGUCUCAGGAAAUAUAAACACCUAUACCUUCACAGGUCUGCAGCCAGGGACCAUGUACAAGGUUGAGAUGUACACUCUGGCUGGCAACACAAGGAGCAAUCCAUUUAUUGUCAUGAUUAAUACAGAAAAACCAGUGGUCGAGGCUCCCACCAACCUCCAGUUUACAUCUUUCACCCCCACCUCCAUCUCCUUCACCUGGCAACCACCUGCCUCACACAUCACAGGAUACUACGUCACUUACGAGGAGUCAGGAGGAGCACAGCGGCAGCUCAUCCCACAACCCCAUGCAGGUCAAAGCUACGCCAGCAUAAACGGCCUGAAACCAAACACAGAGUACAUCAUCAAGAUUAUCGCAAUCCAACAUGCACAGAGGAGCACACCGCUGGUGGGCAGGAUCAGGACUCAGUUAGACUCCCUUCUUCCCCUGCCUCUGCCACUGCCACACCGCCCUGGAUCUACUGGCACAUUGGAUGUGCCUGAAACUAACUUGGACAAUAGAGUCCAGUCAGUGGGCCCCCACAGCCAGGAUGGUUUUGGUGGUCACAGACAGCUUGUGGAGUACACAGAGCACAACAACAAUGGAGACAGCAGCGGGUAUAAUGGGAACAAUGGAAACCCACAGUCUCCUAGUGAGCAAGUUCGUGAGCCCCUGGUCUUUGUCCCCGUCCCUGAUGCAGAUGGCAGCAGACAGCCCAUUGUGAAGCUUAAUGAGCCAAUUGGAUCCAGAUUUGGUAAUGAUACAAGAUGGCCGCAGGAGGCCCAAACUCAGACCAGCAUCUCAUGGAAGCCUUACAGCCAGAGCAAUGCCUACCUGGUGUCCUGCUAUCCUCUCACAAACUUAGAUGAGAAGAUGUUCCAGGUCCGCCUGCCAGGCACAGCUACUACUGCCACCCUGAUUGGACUCACUCCUGGAUCAAACUAUAAUGUCAUUGUGGACGCAUUACUGGGGGCACUCAAACACAGAAUUCUGGAGCAGGUCGUCACAACUGGAAACACAAUACCAAAUGGAGUUCCUUCCAGCAGAGACUCCUGUUACGACGCCUUCACUGCAACCUACCAUGAUGUUGGUGCUGAGUGGGAGCGGAUGUCUGAGACAGGCUUCAAGCUGUGGUGCAGGUGCUUGGGCCUGGGCAGCGGCCACUUUAGAUGCGAUUCAUCCAAGUGGUGCCAUGACAACGGUGUCAACUAUCGCAUCGGAGAGCGCUGGGAUCGUCACGCAGAGAACGGUCAUUUGAUGAGCUGCACUUGUUUGGGAAAUGGCAAAGGAGAGUUUAAGUGUGAACCACAUGAGUCGGUGUGUUAUGAUGAAGGCAAAACCUACCAGGUAGGCAACCAGUGGCAGAAAGAGUACCUGGGUGCCAUCUGCAGCUGCACAUGCUUUGGAGGACAACAGGGAUGGCGAUGUGAGAACUGUCGUAGACCAGGCUCUGAAGUCGAUGUCAAUCUGCAGCCUGUUAGAUAUGGAGAACGCCCACUGCGCAAAAACAUUCACUGCCCCAUCGAGUGCCUUCGACCCGACCUGCUGGCAGAUGGACUUGCUCCUCAAAAUUAAGAAUAUCAGAUUGGUUGACUGACAUCUGCUUUCCUCCAUCACCGUCCAGUUGCUGCACUGUCUCACCUUGUAGAAGCCACGCCGUUUGUAUGACUGAAACUGCGUUCUCACUUUUCUUACUUAAAUUUUUCACGCUGCUCUGCUGUCUGAUUAAUCCUGAUCAUUUUCAUGAGUCUUUUUCACUGUUUGCUGUACAUUUUAGAUCUGUUUAAAUCCAACCAAACAUUUUCUUCCUCAUACAUUCAGAUUUACAUUACUUACUUAUCAAUCUAGCAUCUGUUUUCCAUUGGAAUAUCUUGACACCAUUCCUAAUCCAAACUAUUGUCAGAAAGCACUGUUGAAAAAUGUCAGUGUAGCUAUUAACCAUGUUUUUUGACUGUCCAGGAAAUUUUGCUUUUCUUUCUGAAACCCUUCUGUUAAUACUGAGGGGUCGCACUGCGUGAUUGCAACAUUCAGAUUUCUGCCUUUUCACUAACUUAUCCCUUUAAUCUCAUUUUUUGAAUGUGAACUGUUCUAUUUUUGUACUAUGUGCCAAAGUUGUUUCUACCUUUGACAAAAAGAAGUGCCUUAUUUUAAUAAAGCUGGGGAGAUCCUGAAA